AUGAAAGCUAUCCUCAUAUUAGGAUUAUUGGUUUUUGGAAUUUCUGCAGUUGAAUUAGAAGCGGGAGUGCCAAUUUUACUAAAGGAGAUCAAGGCAAUCAAGACUGAUCAUACUGAUUUCACCUUUUUAUUAGAUUUAGAACUCAGUUAGGGAGGAAAGGUCUCAGAAGUGGUUGCUUUGGUUGGCGAUUUGUUAGAAUAGAUGAAGAGAGAUCAAUUAAAUGAUGAUCUUGAGUAUGCUCAUAGAACAACAACACUCGGAUUAGAUAUUGAAUGGCUUGUUAUUGUUUUAAGAAAUCUUACUAAGGAGAGACAAGAUAAAAAUAAUUAAUUGAGUGAAGUAAAUCAAGUUCUGGUGGGUUUGUAAUUGUAAUUGGAUGCACUCACCGAACAGUUGAAUAUAUUGAAUGGAAAGGAAGAGCAACUCAGACAAACCAGAGCCCAAGAAGCUGCCUCUUAUUAAGCCAGAUAGGAGAACAAUAGCAAAGUGUUAGCAGCCUUGAAUGAGAUAAUUCCCAAGUUAUAAGUUGCCGUGUUUGAUUAAGAAGGAAAGUCUUUAUUACAAACAGAACAAUUUGAAAUCGUUGAGAAAAUCAAGAGAGAACUCGGACACAAUCAUCCAAUUGCAAUUAUGGUAGCUUUGACAACCAAAUUCGAUGUUUCCACAGUCAAAAGAAUCAUUGACAAGUUGGAACAUAUUAGAAAUGCAGUAGUCGCCUUGAUGUAAUAGGAGGACGAACAAGAGACUCAAAGUCAAAUCACUUUCUAAACAUAAAUCCAAGAGAUUGCUGAAUUGAGAGAGAAGUUCUCCAAAGAUUUCGAAGUCACUUCCCAAUUGAUCAAGAAGAGAACCAACGAUAAAGUUCUUUUGGAGAAGAGAUUGACCAUCAUCAACAGGGAUUUGAGUUUGACUGAAUAAUUACUUAUCUAGACUAGGGAAUACAAAGAAUAGUAUGACGCUGCUUAUGCUGUAAGAAAAGGAAAAAGAAUCUCUGAAAUCAAAACAGUUCAAUAGGCUUACGACUUGGUAGACAAUCACGCUAAGAAACACAAAUGAUGAUUCAAAAUAAAAUAUAUUUUAGAAUUAUGUUGAUAAUGAAUACUC